CUAGUGUGAACUUUGUCUCAGUGUUUGACACUUUGAAAAAUCAUUGUCUACGUUUUCGCCAGAUGGCAGUGUACUCGUGAUGUUGUUGCAUACCGUAGGGCGUGAGAGUGCUUGUGUAAAGAUUUAAGUGUUUUGUGAUGAUACAGUCAAUUAACAAUAGUAAAAACGGUAAUGAAAUGUGACUUGUAUGACACGCCCACUACCAACUGCCCAGCUGUGCCUCCAGAUUGACAGACAGACAAACGCAACACACGAGUGACGUGCCGCGAACGAUACUUAACGAACCACGAAACUAUUAUUAUUAGGUGUCAAGUGAUCCCGCACCGCAAGCACCGGGGUACACGUGACGCGGACUGCGAGAGCGCCUCCACAUCGCGCUACGGAACUGGCGGGGCCUGAUCACGACACAAGAGGAGCGCCACAGCUGCAGACCACGCUCUUUUAGCGAGCCCAGGCGCCACCACCCCAGCCCGCGGAGGGGCAGUGUCUCCCAUCUCGACACUAGAACCGCCACAGUACACAGGGCCCACUCGCUGCACAAGAUGGCGACGCUGUCGCUGAAGAUCUCGAUGGAGGGCGGCACGGUGGUGAAGACCAUCCAGUUUGACCCGGCCACCCACGUGUAUGAUGCGUGUCGCAUCAUCCGGGAGAAGAUCCUCGAAGCCAACUCCAGCGAUCCAAAAGAAUUUGGACUGUUCUUGGCGUCAGAGGAAGAUAACAAGAAAGGCAUAUGGCUGGAAGCGUCUCGCAGCCUUGACUACUACAUGCUGCGGAACGGAGACAUGCUCGAGUACAACAAGAAGACCAGGAACCUAAGAGUCAGGAUGUUAGACGGCACGGUGAAGACCCUGCUAGUGGAUGACAGCCAGAUCGUCGCCAACUUGAUGGUUGUCAUCUGCACGAAGAUCGGCAUCACCAACUACGACGAGUACGGAUUGGUCCGCGAGGAUCAGAAGGAAGAGCCGGAGCCUUACGAGAAGGGCAACUACGGCACCCUGACACUACGGCGACGACACCAUGAGAAGGAGCGAGACGCCAAGAUGGAGCAGCUGAGGAAGAAGCUGCGCACCGACGACGAGGUGAACUGGGUGGAGCCGUCCAAGACCCUCCGCGAGCAGGGCAUCGACGCCACGGAGACGCUGCUGCUGCGCCGCAAGCUGUUCUUCUCGGACCGCAACGUGGACUCGCGGGACCCGGUACAGCUCAACCUACUGUACGUGCAGGCACGCGACGCCAUCUUGGAUGGCACGCACCCCGUCACGCAGCAGAAAGCGUGCGAGUUUGCCGGUAUCCAAUGUCAGAUACAGUUCGGUGAUCACAAAGAAGACAAACACACAACUGGAUUUUUAGAUCUGAAAGAGUUUUUGCCGUCGUCGUACGUGAAGGUGAAGGGCAUAGAGAAGAAGGUGUUCAAGGAACACCGGAGGCACGCCGGCGUCAGCGAGCUGGACGCUAAGGUGCUGUACACCAAGAGCGCGAGGGACCUGCCCACCUACGGCGUCGCCUUCUUCCUGGUCAAGGAGAAAAUGAAAGGCAAAAACAAGCUGGUGCCGCGACUGCUGGGCGUCACCAAGGACUCGGUGCUGCGGCUGGACGAGAAGACCAAGGAGAUUCUGCAGACGUGGCCCCUCACCACCGUGCGGAGGUGGUGCGCCAGCCCCAACACCUUCACCCUCGACUUUGGUGAUUACAGCGACCAGUACUACUCGGUGCAGACGACGGAGGCGGAGCAGAUCUUGCAAGUGAUCGCGGGAUACAUCGACAUCAUAGUGCGCAAGAGGCGCGCGCGCGACCAUCAUGGCAUCGAAGGCGAUGAGGGCUCAGCCAUGCUCGAGGACUCCGUCUCGCCCUCCAAAGCCAACAUAAUCCAACACGACACGUUCAAGUCAGGCAAAGUGAACAUGGAGUCGGUAGCCAAGCCCGCAGUUAUGCGGCCCGGCGCCGAAGGCGCGAAGCCGUUCGCUGUGGGCCACGUGACGGGCGCGCAGCAGAGCACCGUGUCGGGCCAGCUCAUCACGGGCCACGCGCCGCCCGCUACCACACAGGUGCAGCAGACACGGGUGACGUCCGUGCUCACGGAGCCGCAGCGAGCGCUUCUGUCCAGCAUCACGUCGGGCCGGGACCUCAUCAAGAAGACGGAGGAGGAACUCACCAGGAGCGGUCUGCCGGCCGUUGGCGGUGAGGGCACCGCGCAAUGGAGGAGCUUGCGUAUGGACAGCAGCAAACAGGUGGUCACCUCGCAUAUUGCUGCCAUGAACGCGGCCACCGCACAGGUGGUCACCCUUACUGCCGGACCGACAGAGGAGGUGGAUCACACCGCAGUCGGCGCGGCCAUUACUACCAUCACGACCAAUCUGCCGGAGAUGUCUAAAGGUGUCCGUAUGAUCGCCGCGCUGAUGGACGACUCGGAGAGCGGCGACAAGCUGCUGGAUGCCACACGGCAGCUGUGCGCCGCCUUCACCGACCUUCUGCGGGCCGCCGAGCCCGACACUCCAGAGCCUCGACAGAAUCUGUUGAACGCAGCGUCUCGCGUCGGGGAAGCAUCGACAAGUGUCCUUUACACCAUCGGCGAGGAGACGCCCCAAGAUAAGGAGACCCAGGACAUUCUACUGUCACUGGCCAAGGCUGUGGCCAACACGACGGCGGCCCUGGUGCUGAAGGCCAAGAACGUGGCGGCCCACUGCAAGGACGAGCAGCCGCUGCAGAACACCAUUAUCUCCGCCGCUACCAACUGCGCGCUUGCCACCAGCCAGCUCGUGGCCUGCGCCAAGGUGGUGGCUCCCACGCUACACAAUCCUCAGUGUCGCGAGCAGCUCCGCAGCGCGGCACGCCAGGUGUCGCAGGCCGUGGAGCGGCUCGUGGCGGCGUGCGAGGCGGCGCCGCCAGCCGCCGCACCCGGCGUCUCACAGCUCAGCGCCGCCGCCAAGCGCGUCACCGACGAACUGGAACGCCUGCUGGCGCACUGUGACCUAGAGCGGCGCGGCGAGGCGACCGCCAUCGAACAGUCCGUAGAGAGCGUGCUGUCAGCCAGCGAGCGUGUCGGUGACGCGCCCGACUCGGCCGAGAUGGUUCGGCGUGCGCGACACCUGGGGCAGGCCACGGCGCAGCUCAUAGCACACAUCAAGACGGAAGCGGAGAAGCAAGGAUCGGAGAACCAGGGCCGCUUGCUGGCGGCGGCCAAACUACUAGCGGACGCCACGGCGCGCAUGGUGGAGGCAGCGCGGCUGUGUGCCACCUCACCGCAGGACCGCGAGAAACAAGAAGGGUUGGUACGUGCGGCUGAAGAAGUGCGUCUGAUCACCGCGGAUUACGCGCGGCGAGAAGAUGGACUCCCCAACAACAUAGACAGGCUGCAGGAGAGCGCGCGCCAGGUGGCAGCGGCGGCCACGCAGUUGGUGACGUCAGCACACAACGCCGCACACUACAACACGAACAAGUACUCGCAGGAGGCGUUGAUAUCAGAGUGCGCGCUGUUGAGCGAGCAGAUCCCGAGGCUGACGUCGACACGCGGACACAACUACGCUGCAUACCUCGACCUCAUCACCGCCGCCGAGAGCGUCCUGCAGGUGAGCGGGCACGUGUCGCAGGCGGCCCGCAGCGUGGGUCCCACGGUGAGCGAGCCGGGCGCCAGUCGCCUGCUGGCCGACACCGCGCACCACUUCACAGACACGUGCGCGCACCUGAGAUCAGCGGUGAGCCGCGCACGUGCCUCCUGCAAGGGUCUCGAGCUGGACGCUGCGGCCGAGAUCCUGAACAGCUUGAAGAACGAGUUGGACGAGCUGGAGCGUGCUGCCAACGAGCUGGAACUCCGGCCGCAACCCGGACAGACGUUGGAGUGGUCGUACAGUCGGCUCCAGAGCGCCGGGCGGGCGGCGGGCUCCGCCAGCGCCGCUCUGGCGGCGGGGGCCAAGCGCCGCGACCAGCCCACCACGGCCCGCGCCGCGCUCGACCUGGCCUCCAGCUUGCGGGACUUCACCCCGCCGCUCCGUGCAGCGCUGGCGCACUCCGAGCCGCAGCAGCGACAGAGAAUGGUAUCGUCUGGACAGCAGGUGGUCACCUCAUCGCUCUCGCUAGUGGAGAGCGUGAAGCAGUUCCUCGUGAACUCACACGAGACGGAUUGCGCGCACAUUGUCGACAUGGCCAAGACUGUUUCGCAGGGUGUGGACAGGACACUAGAGGCCAUCCCGUCGUCCAUGGAGCUGGACGCGGCAAUGGAGGACAUAAAGCAAACGUUGCACAUCCUGGACAUGGGAGAGUUCCCGCGCACCGAUCGCUCUUACGGCGAGCUCCAGAGCGAACUGAACUCGGCGGCGGUGGGGCUCAGCGGCGCGGCCUCCGACGUGGUGGCGGCCGUCGACGAGCGAGCCGCGCUCUCAGACGCGGGCAACGCCUUCGGACACGCCUUCAACCGGCUCAUUGGGGUCUCCGUGGAGCUGGCCUCGCAGACGGAGGAAGGUGAAUCUCGCGACGAGAUGGUGAGAUCCAUGAAGACUGUCACCGUCAAUUCGUCCAAACUACUGGGGACUGCCAAAUCUGUCAGUCAGGAUCUGACCAGACCGAACGCCAAGAACCAACUGGCGGACGCAGCGCGAGCUGUCACCGAGAGCAUCAACCAUUUGGUAGACGUGUGCACGGAGGCGGCGCCGGGCCAGAAGGAGUGCGCCGCGGCCAUCCGCAGCAUCGAGAGCACGCGGCCGCUGCUGAGCCAGCCCUCGCAGCCGCUCACCGACCUGGGCUACUUCGCCUGUCUGGACGCGGUGGUCGCGCAGAGCAAGGCGCUGAGUGAGGGCAUGUCGGGCAUGGCUAGCUCUAUCAAAAAGUCUGACACAAACCAGUUCUGCCGCAGCGUAGCCGGUGUCGGCGACGCAGUACAGACGCUAGUGGAGUGUACCGCGCAGGCGGCCUACCUGACGGCCGUGUCGGAGGAGAGCAGUGUGGCAGCACGCGCCGGUCUGGUGGACCAGGCGCAGUUCGCGCGGGCCGCGGCCGCCAUACAACGCGCUGCCGCUGCAAUACGCGACCCGCGCGCACACAAACACCAGGUGCUGUCGGCAGCUACCGUGAUUGCCAAACACACGAGCGCGCUGUGUAACGCGUGCCGCGUGGCAUCCAGCCGCAGCACGGAGCCGCAGAGCAAGAGACACUUCGUGCAAGCUGCCAAGGACGUGGCCAACUGUACCGCCGACCUGGUGCGCGACAUCAAGGCGCUCGACGACCACUACUCCGACGAUAAUCUGGCUCGCUGCGCGACCGCUACCGGACCGCUUUUGGAGUCAGUACAGUCGCUGUGCCAGUUCGCGGACAGCCCUGAGUUUGCCGCUGUACCGGCUAAGAUAUCGCCUCAGGCUCGACUUAGCCAGGAGACCAUUCUGGACUGUGGCAGGAGUAUAAUAUCGGGGUCGUGCUCCAUGCUGGAAGCGGCACGUGCGCUAAUGGCCAGCAGCUCGGAGCGCUCGCAGUGGCAGCAGCUGGCUGCUCACAGCAAGACCGUGUCCGACAGCAUCAAGCGGCUGGUCACUGACGUACGAGAGAAAGCGCCGGGACAACGGGAGUGUGCGCGCGCUCUCGACCAGCUCAGCUUGCAGCUUAGAGAGCUGGAUCAUGUCGCCAUCCAAGCCGUGGGGCAGGAGCUAACGCCGCGGCAGACCAAGACCUUGCAAGGUUACUGCGAGCAAGUGGAGAGCACCACGGCAGAGAUCGUGGAGCGACUAGAACCGCUCCGCGUGGCCGCCACCAGCGAGGCCGAGAACCUGGGACACGCAGUGCUCCAGCUUGUAUCGUACGCGGAGCCUCUGGUGUCGGGCUCCGCCGGGGCCGCGUCCAACCUGACGGACAGCGAGGCGCAGUCGGGACUGCUGCAGCACGCGCGCACCGUGCUCGAGACCCUCGCGCUCCUGGUGCAGGCUGCCAAGCAAGCAGGCGGCAACCCCAGAGCGACGGCGAGUCACGGCGAGGUGGAGGCGCAGACGUCCGGUGCCCGCGCCGCACUGAGCGAGCUGAGCGAGCGCGUGCGCGGCGUGAGCACGCUGCAUGGUGCCGUGGGCCCGCUGCUGGACAGUGUGGAGCGAGCCAGGACCCGGCUGACGGACCACAGAAUGUCGCUGGUGGGCAGCUACGACGAGCAGGAGUCGUUCGUGGAGUACCAGACCAGGAUGGUGGCGGCCGCCAAGGACAUCGCGCGCCUGGGCUCCGACAUGACGGCCAAGUCGGUGACGGAGGCGUCGCGGCUUCUUGAGAUCGGCAGCGACAUGUGCCGCGCCUACGAGCGGCUGGCGACCGACAGCGUUGGCGCCGCCGCCACCACGCCUAGUGCCGACGUCGCCAAUAGGUACCGCCUUCUCAUCCGCCAUGCAGACAUUACAUAUAUAUCUCUAAAGUGGAUCCGCGUGUGCGGCGCGGAGCUGGGCGAGGCGGUGUCGGGCGCCGUGCGAGCGGGCGGCCACUGCCGGCUGGCCGCCACGCCGCAGAACCAGCGCGCGCUCGCGGACCACGUGCGCCGCCUCAACGAGAAGGUGGUGCUGGUACUCAGCGCGCUACAGGCGGGCUCGCGCGGCACGCAGGCCUGUAUCGACGCGGCCGCCACCAUCGCCACCAUCAUCGGCGACCUCGACACCACCAUUCUGUUCGCCAGCGCCGGCACGUUGCAGUCGGACAAGGAGGGCGAUACGUUCUCGAACCACCGCGAGGGUAUUCUUAAGACCGCCAAAACUUUGGUGGAGGACACCAAGAGUCUGGUGGGCGGUGCAGGCGGCACCCAGGAGCAGCUGGCGGCCGCUGCGCAGAGUGCCGUCGGGACCAUCAUGCAGCUGUGCGAGGUGGUGAAGCAGGGCGCCAUGUCGCUGGGCGGCGGCGGCGCCGAGCCGCAGGUGAUGGUGCUGCACGCGGCGCGGGACGCGGCCGCCGCGCUGCGGGACCUGGCCGCGGCCACGGCGGCCGCCUGCGGCAAGCACGUGCUGCACCCCGACAUGGAGCGCCUCAAGCACGCCGCCAAGGUGAUGGUGACAAAUGUAACUUCACUGCUGAAGACGGUGAAGGCGGUUGAAGACGAGCACACGAGAGGGACACGCGCGCUGGAGUCUACCAUCGAAGCGAUAUCGCAGGAGAUUGAGGUGUUGAUGUCGAGCACCGGGAGUGUGGCGAGCGUAUCCCCCGAGGAGCUGAUGCGGUGCACGCGGCUGAUGACGUCGGCCACGGCGCGCGCGGUGGCGGCGGGGGGUGCGGGCGCGGGGGCCGCGGCGCAGGAGCAGUUGACUGCCGCCGCCAACCGGGGCCGCAAGACGGUCCUUGACAUGCUGGCCGCCGCGAAGGGCGCGGCGCAAGCGGCGGAGACAGAGGAGCUGCGCACGCGCACUUUGGAGGCGGCGCGCGCGGCGGCCGAGGCCUACCGCGCGCUCUUGGUGGCGCUGCUGGCGCCGCCCGGCUCGCCGGCCCGCGCCGCGCUGCCCGAGCGGUCGAGGAGCGUGGCGCACGCCGUGGCCGACAUCCUGGCCGUCGUGGAGCUGCUCAAAGGCUCGGAGUGGGUUGACCCCGCGGACCCCACAGUGAUAGCUGAGCAGGAGCUUCUCGGAGCAGCGGCCUCCAUCGACGCGGCGGCCAGAAAACUGGAGAAAUUGCGGCCUCGUCAGGCCACCACCCAGGAGACGGACGAGACGCUCAACUUUGACGAGAUGAUCUUGGAGGCCGCCAAGUCUAUCAUAGCGGCGACCUCGGCACUCGUGCGGGCGGCCUCGGCGGCGCAGAGGGAACUUAUAGAUCAGGGCAAGGUGGAGCGGCGGCCGGCGUCGUCGUCGGACGACGGCCAGUGGUCGGAGGGACUCGUGUCGGCCGCGCGGCUCGUGGCGGCUGCGGCGCACGCGCUGGUGGAGGCGGCCAACGCGCUCGUGCAGGGCGCCGCGUCGGAGGAGCGGCUGAUAUCGAGCGCGCGGCAGGUGGCCUCGUCCACCGCGCAGCUGCUGGUGGCCUGCAAGGUGAAGGCGGACCCCAGCUCGGAGUCCACGCGGCGGCUGCAGGGCGCGGGCGCCGAGGUGAUCCGCUCCACCGACAACCUGGUGCGAGCGGCGAGGGACGCCAUCCACUGCGACGACGAGCGCAGCCUGGUGCUCAACCGGCGCAUGGUGGGCGGCAUCGCGCAGGAGAUCGACGCCAGGUCGGAAGUGCUCCGCAUCGAGAAGGAGCUGGAGGAAGCUCGCGGGCGGCUGACCGCCAUCAGGCAGGCCAAGUACAAGCUGCGAGACACCAGCGCCGAGGACAGCGACGCAGACCACGCCGGGCCCGACGCAGCCACCAGAUUCAAAACACCGAACAGCAGUUUCGUAAAUACAACGUACAGCCCGAACAGCACGUAUUCCACGCAGAACACCAGCCAUAACCAGACCCAGAACACCAGUUACAAUCAGAGCCAGAACGUGUCAAACAUCAGCCACAUUUCGCACAAUCAGUCCGGGUUCAGUGGGCAGUCGCCUGCGUACCAGCCGAUGAGCGCAGGGUUCAAGACAAACGGCUUCCAGAGAGACGCCAAGGAACAGAGUCCGUCCUUUUCCAGCUUUAGACCUCAAGAGGAGACGCCCAAGCAAAACUACGAGGGGUUCACGACGCGCAGAACGAGUAAUGACAGACCAAUGAAAAAUAAUAUUUACGAGACACGACUGUACGACACCCCGCGGCCCACAAACGAAUAUUACUCCAAAACCGACGAACAGAGACGCUCUGAGACUAACCAGUACUUUAAAGAGGAAUACUACGACGCGCCGAAAGUUUCCACGCCACUCAGUCCGAAGUUCAACGCACGCGAUAUGAAGUUUGACGAGAAGUCCGAGCCGAUCUACUCGAGCGCGAAGAGCUCAAAGAUGCCGUUUGACGGCGUCGGCCAAACGUUCUCGGAGCAUCAGAAGUCUACCGAAGCGAUACCUGGCGGAACUAAACAUUCGGAGUACUCUAUUAAAAGCGAAUCGUAUCAGAGCAGCCCUAAAUCUGAGUUUUUGAAAUCAGAAACGCGACAAGAACACGUCAGAUCUCCGUUCGUAACCUCUACCCCGUCAAAGUUUGAUAAUAAGCCUGACUUCGCCGAACUUAAGUCGAUGGAUAUAGCCAAAGUGUCGACGCCAGAUUAUGACAGGAUUUCCUCGCCGUACGGUCGGGAUGUAUUCAGCUACGGUGGACCGAAUUUCCACGAGGAAACGACCACCGAAGUGAAAGAAAUACCGAACGGUACUCAGAAAAUAACAAUGACCAAGAUAUACAGCUCGUCCCCUGUCAAUCUGAAGAGUACCGUGACCAAGUACGAGCCAGUUAAGCUGGAAGGCAUAGACGAGUUGUCGAAGUUCGAAAGUGAUUCCAAGUACAGCACAUUGGAUUCACGUUUCAACACCUUAGAGUCGAAAAUGAGUUCCGACACAAGUCGCUCGUUCAUGCGGCCAUCAGACUUCCAGUCCGAAUUCCAGACAAGAACAAAAACACCUUCGGAACUCGUCAAAGAGAUCGACAGUUUGGACAAGAAAUUCUCGAAGCAGACGAUCACAUCCGAGACGAUCGAACGAAAGUCCGUCAUGACAAGCUCGCAUAAGUCCGAGACUAGUUCGACCGUCACCAAGAAGUUUGGCAACUUUUAGAGUGUAGGAGCCGAGCCCGCAGUGUGUUGACACCUCAGCGAUAUUCUACAUAUUUAUAAAUUAUCCGAUAACAUUCAUAAGGUGCCUUAGAUGUAUGCAGCUUUGUAAAUUGUAAUUAUUACGACGACCGGUUUCUGGCAUUGACAGCUACUGUCAACGAACAUGAUAAUUAAAGAACGCGGUUGUUAAAGAAAAUAUUGUCACGAAAUAAUGUUUAACAGUAAAAUGAUUGCUUUAAAUGUUUAGAAACCGGUAUGAACUUAGAUUUAGAUAAGCCCGUGUGAACCAAACGUCCACUGAAGGUAAUUAAACACCAAUUAAUUAUGAUAUAAUAUUGAUAGUAACGUAGAGUAUUUAACUACGUAGAGGUGCAGUGCUGACGGCUAACUCGUGUCUUAUUAAUGUUAGAUGAUAGCUAUUGUAUAAGGUAUAACCGAUUGUGAGUCAGAGUUAACAACGCUUCAAAAAAUACAUUAAAAUUAAAUUAAACAAGGGUUACAACGAUUGAACAGUUUUUAUGAGACAGCAAUAUCUUUCUUGAUUAUUACUUACUAUGGCUUUAUCUAUUAUAUUUGUGUUUAAAAUAUAAUUUAAAGUCAACUUUGUAAAACUUGUAAAUGAAAUUUAAGUUCCCUUUAUAUAUACCAGGGGUCGCCAAAUAGCGGACCGAGGUCCGCAUCCGGACCGCCGCCGACCCAUUGUGUGCUGACCGCGACAUCACAGUACUAGAAAAUACGUAAUUUAAUAUAAAUGUAUACCCCGCAUUAUCUUUGUUGACGUGAAUACGAAAAAGAAAGGGCGAUGUAAUGAACUAAAAAGCGAGAAAGAGAUUGCGGAUUGCGGACUGAUGAAGAUCUCCAGGAUCUAAUCGCAAUAGCUUGCACCAAUUUUACUCCAAACUUCAGACAGAUAGUCCGUAACAAAAAAUUAAAUUUUCUCAUUGAUAUGUAAAAAACUACCCUUGUUAUUUCUGUAAUUACAUUUGUUUAAUAAAUAUUUUUUUCCAUAAAAUGUUGUGCGGACAGCGAUGGUCAUUUCAUUUCUUAAAAUGAACCCCGAGCGAAACUAAUUGGUGGCCCCUGACAUAAGAGAUACCACAGACGACUGUUUUAAUAUUUUGUUCAAAUUUUAAUAUUGAAUGAGGAAGUGUAGCUCGUGUUAAACAAUGCUUAUUUGACUGUUGCGUGUGUUUAUCUUAUAAAUCUCAUAUUUAUUAUAAGCCAAAUAAAUAAAUAAAUUUAUUUAAUUAAUUUUUGAUAAAUGUUAUUUGUUUUCGAGAUUUUAUUUUAUUUGUCGAUCGCUUUAUGUGUAUCGUGGCAGCGACAUUGAUGUAUUAAUAUUAAUGUACAUGUAAUAAAAAUGUAACUCAA